CCUUGCAGCCCCGGGUCGGAAGCGGAGGGAUGCGCCCUGCCUCCAGCGGGUGGCGCUCGAGUCCGACUGAAAGACGGCGGCGAGUGGCGGGCACGCGCCUGGGGCGCGCGCGCCACUCCUCUCGCCUCCACCCAACUCCCCCAUUAGUGCCCGAGUUUACCUCUAGAGGUCAUCAGGCAGGAUUUACGACUGGACAACAAAAGCACGUGAUUCUAAGUCGUACCCCAUAUUUGGGUGCCUACGUAGGAGGGAACCAAGUACAUGUCCCAGUCAUUUCCAUAAUUCAUCAUAAAUUGUGCAAGGGUGCUAUAGACGCACAAACGACCGCGAGCCACAAAUCAAGCACACAUAUCAAAAAACAAAUGAGCUCUUAUUUUGUAAACUCAUUUUGCGGUCGCUAUCCAAAUGGCCCGGACUACCAGUUGCAUAAUUAUGGAGAUCAUAGUUCCGUGAGCGAGCAAUUCAGGGACUCGGCGAGCAUGCACUCCGGCAGGUACGGCUACGGCUACAAUGGCAUGGAUCUCAGCGUCGGCCGCUCGGGCUCCGGCCACUUUGGCUCCGGGGAGCGCGCCCGCAGCUACGCGGCCAGCGCCAGCGCGGCGCCCGCCGAGCCCAGGUACAGCCAGCCUGCCACGUCCACGCACUCGCCUCCGCCCGACCCGCUGCCCUGCUCCGCCGUGGCCCCUUCGCCCGGCAGCGACAGCCACCACGGCGGGAAAAACUCCCUGGGCAACUCCAGCGGCGCCUCGGCCAACGCCGGCAGCACCCACAUCAGCAGCAGAGAGGGGGUUGGCACGGCGUCCGGAGCCGAGGAGGACGCCCCCGCCAGCAGCGAGCAGGCGAGCGCUCAGAGCGAGCCGAGCCCGGCGCCGCCCGCCCAGCCCCAGAUCUACCCCUGGAUGCGCAAGCUGCACAUAAGUCAUGACAACAUAGGCGGCCCGGAAGGCAAAAGGGCCCGAACGGCCUACACGCGCUACCAGACCCUGGAGCUGGAGAAGGAGUUCCACUUCAACCGCUACCUGACCCGCCGAAGAAGGAUUGAAAUAGCACAUGCUCUUUGCCUCUCCGAGAGACAAAUUAAAAUCUGGUUCCAAAACCGGAGAAUGAAGUGGAAAAAAGAUAAUAAGCUGAAAAGCAUGAGCAUGGCGGCGGCGGGAGGGGCCUUCCGCCCCUGAGUAUUUGAGCGUUUAAAGUACUGAGCAGUAUUAGCCGGGUCCCGCGUAGUGUCAGUCCUAAGGUGACUUUCUGAAACUCCCUUGUGUUCCUUCUGUGAAGAAGCCCUGUUCUCGUUGCCCUAAUUCAUCUUUUAAUCAUGAGCCUGUUUAUUGCCAUUAUAGCGCCUGUAUAAGUAGAUCUGCUUUCUCUUCAUUUCUUUGUCCUGAAUGGCUUUGUCUUGAAAAAAAAAUAGAUGUUUUAACUUAUUUAUAUGAAGCAAGCUGUGUUACUUGAAGUAACUAUGACAAAAAAAGAAAAGAGAAAAAAAACCACAAAAAAGUCCCCCUUCGACCUCGUUUAGUGCCAAUGUUGUGUGUUGCACUCCAGUUGUUUAACUGUGCAUGUGAGUGGAAGUGUUCCUGUCUCAAUAGCUCCAAGCUGUUAAAGAUAUUUUUAUUCAAACUACCUAUAUUCCUUGUGUAAUUAAUGCUGUUGUAGAGGUGACUUGAUGAGACACAACUUAACUUGUUCGACGUGUAGUGACUAGUGACUCUGUGAUGAAAACUGUGACUCUGAGCGGUGUGUCCCUGCGUGCCUUUGUAGGACCCUUUGCACGAACUCUGGAAGUGGCUCUUAUAAGCGCAGCUUCAGUGAUGUAUGUUUUUGUGAACAAAGUUACAAAUAUUGUCCAAGUCUGGCUGUUUAAGCAAACUGUGAUCAGCUUUUUUUUUUUUUUGUAUUUGUUUUUAAGGAAAAAAUACUGACUGGAAACAAAAAAUAAACUUUCUAUUGUAAGUUC